GCGACGCUGGGGCCGGCGGCGGGCACCCGAGUUGUUUGCCGGCGUCCCGGCCGGGCCGCGAGACGCUCCAAGGGAGCCCGGCCGGCUUGGGCUGGGCUGGGCGGACUGGAGGGAGCGCACCCUGGGCCACCCGCGAGCCGAGCGCGACAGGACGCGCGCCAUGGACCCCAAGGCGGGCGGCGGCGGCGGCGAGGAGGAUGACUGCGUGGACUCGGGCGCCGAGACCGGAGGGUCCGACUACAGCCACCUGUCUUCCACCAGCAGUGAGCUCUCUGUGGAAGAGGCACAGGACCCAUUCCUGAUUAGCAUCCACAUAAUCGCUGAUCCGGGGGAGUCCCAGCCCCUGCAGGAGGCCAUCGACAAGGUGUUGGCCUGGAUCCACCCGGACCUGCCACUGUUCCGGGUGUCGGAGCGGCGCGCAUGCCGGCGGCGGCGGAAGCCCCCCAAGGGCUCGCAGCCUGCGCUGGCGGUGGUGCUGUUCCUGCAGGAGGAGUACGGCGAGGAGCAGAUCCUGCAGCUGCACCGCACGCUGCAGCGGCCGCCCUGGCGCCACCACCACACCGAGCGCGUGCACGGCCGCUUCCUGCCCUACCUGCCCUGCAGCCAGGACUUCUUCACGCUGGCGCCCGGGACGCCGCUGUGGGCCAUCCGGCCUGUGCACUAUGGCAAGGAAAUCGUGCGCUUCACCAUCUACUGUCGCCACGACAACUAUGCCGACAGCCUCAGGUUCUACGAGCUGAUCCUCCGGCGAAGCCCCAGCCAGAGGAAAACGGACUUCUGCAUCUUCCCCAUCUUCUCCAAUCUGGAUGUGGACAUCCAGUUCUCCCUGAAAAGACUGCCCUGUGACCAGAGCCCGGUCCCCACCGACUCCUCUGUGCUAGAGUUCCGAGUAAAGGACAUCGGCGAGCUUGUGCCUCUCCUGCCCAACCCCUGCAGCCCUAUCAGUGAGGGGCGCUGGCAGACGGAGGACCAUGACGGGAACAAGAUCCUCCUGCAGGCACAGAGGGUGCACAAGAAGUUUCCUAAGCCCGGCAGAGCACACUGCUUCUCUGAGAAGAAGCCUCAUUCUGUCCCUUCACCAAGCACCUCUGCACCGAGCUGUACACCUGACAGCAGCCAGCAGUCCCCGCUCAAUAGUCCACAUCCACAGCCUGGCCAGACAGGCCUGCCUGCUGGACACCAGCAGGAAUUUGCCAGACAAGCCAGCAGCACCCUCAGUAUCCCCUGGUCUUUCCAGAGAAGCAAGUCCUUGUUUUGUUUGCCCACAGGAGGCCCCUCUUCGGCCUCCUCUGCUGAACCGCAGUGGUUUUCAAACACAGGGUACCCAGGGCACAGGGCAUCAGAGUGGAGGCAUGGCCACCUCCUCUCCAUUGACGACUUGGAGGGGGCCCAGGAGACGGAUGUGGACACGGGCCUGCGGCUCUCCUCCUCGGACCUGUCUGUGGUCUCUGCAUACUCUGCACCCAGUAGGUUCUGCAGCACAGUGGAGAAUUCCCUCUCCUCCAAAAGAUGCAGCAGCCACUGGCCAACAUGCAAGGGUUCCAGAGAAGGAUCACUGCCUGCUUUCAGUGGGGCGACCACCAAAGCCUCCUGGGAUCCAGUUCCUUCCUUCAGCAAGGGGUCUUCCAGCUCCUCAGUGACAGCUAUUGCUGCUCGCCCAACCUCGCUCACAGAGUCGUCCCCACAGCUUCCUUGUGAGGCUCCCAAAGUCAAGCACACUGGCAGCAACGUGCCACCACCCUCAGUGCAGGCUGGUCCCGGGGAUAGUGACAUGGAGGAAUUCUACAUCUGAACACCCUCUGCUCUUGUUUUCCAGACACACAGACUCAGGGCCCACUGCCCUCUGCCCCUCUGAUCUCCAAGCACACCAGUGUUCCCAGCCCCGCUCCCCAGGUCUGGCUGGAAUUUCAUUAUCCAUUUCACAGGGGUAGCCAGCACAUUUGCCUGCUGCCCAUAGCUGAGAGGUGGUAUAUUUCUAGGGACUCAGUGGAAAAACACUGGCAUUUUUAUGCAAAUAAAUUCUCAACAAUCUUAUGUCUUAAAAUACAAUUUUUGAAUACUGAACAUUUAAGAUAUGGUUUGGUGCACUUAUACAAUUUAAAUACUUCAUAUAAUUAUUUGAAAUGAGGAGCAGAUUUGGCAAUUUUUCACGCUGUAAAGGAAAAACAAAGCCAAGAGCUGAGCGUAGGAGAGGUACUAAGUGACUUGUAUGAGAGAUGAGUGCACAGUACCAUAAUGUACACCUUACUGAAUUCUUCAUCUGUAUUCACAUUACCAGGAAACAGUGGCCCUAAGAAACUUUAAGUCCUGCUUAUAGUGGGAAGAGUCAGCUUGAUGAGAUAGCUGUAAACAUACAUCAGACUACAGAAUAGCUCACUUUGAAGCCAUGCAACAUCUUGAAAAUCUGGAAAUACAGUAAAGUGGCUAAUAUGCUUUAUAAGGAUUUAGCAUGAGUCACAGACUCUUGGUGCAUUUAAAAUAUAAUUGGAGUUCCAAAAACGAGAUUUGCGUAUACCUUUUCUACAACAUAUUUACUGUAAUGAAUGAGGGGCUGCAGAAGAUCACUCCCCUACCUGAAUUUAUUUGGAUCACUUAGGAAGAAUCUUUCGUUGGAGUUACAGAAUCAUAGGCUUGUUAGACAUGGUGGGAAGGAAAUCUUAAGAAUCUUCCACCUUAAAAAGCGCAAUCUAAGGGCUGUGUGUAUACCUAACCUAUAUUUCUACCUAAACAACGAGCCACAUUUUAUACUGCUUUCUGCAGUGAACAUACAUGGUCACAUGUCCCAUGUUUUUAAUUUUUAAGUAAUUUGGAACAUUUUAACUGGCAUUUUGAUUGCACAGGUUAAUAAAUGCCUUCCUCCCCCAAAUGGGAAACUUUACCCAAAAUGCCUCCUAAACAAACACUGGUGCUCUGCCAGCCUACACAGCAGCAUGGGGGCUUUCAUUACAGCUGGAGCUUUAGCCGCACCUUGGCUUUUCCUGCCUGUUGUUUGCUUCUGUCGCAGCAUAAAUGGUAUCAAAAUCUCACCUCCCUCUCACCCCAGUAAGGGUAUGUUUACAAUUUCAACCUCAGCAAUGCCAAGCGCUGGCAGUGGGAGCAAUGCCAAGCUGUCCCUGGGUGCUGCUCAUCUUUGGGGACAAAGGGCAUAGGUUUGCCUUGUUUGUUUCCCAGCCUGGUGCUCCUUGUUUAAGUUACUCAUGGCGUAGUUUUCACCUCUCUGGAAGAGACACCAGCUCAGACAUAGCUCAAAAUCCUUCCCAGCAUGGCCCUCCAGGCAGCAGUUACCCAUCAUCAGCCUUGAGCUGAAGCUUCAAGUCUUUGCCAUCAUUCUAAUGAGAGCCUUAGAUCCUGCCCCAAACAUCCUGGACUUCCCAGGACUUGCAGUUGUAAUACUCUGCUCCAAUUUAAAUAAAUAAAAAUAUGUACUUUUGUAAUUCUGGAUCAGAAGUAAGCAAACUUUCUGAAAAGGGCUAGAUAAUAAAUAUUUUCAGCUUUGCCAGUCAUGCAGUCUCUGCUACUGCCAUUGUAGCACAGAAGCAGCCAGGGAUAAAAUUAAUGAAUGGGAGUGGCUGAGUUCCGAUAAAACUUUAUUUAUAAGAACAGGUGGUGGGCCAGAGUUGGCCAGUUCUUGAGCUAGAUUGCUGCCUGAGGUUGACUCAAGAUCCCAGCCACAGUCACAAUAAAGAAUCUAAGUCUGCAGCCCACUGCUGCUGUAGUGUGUAAUGUCAAGAAAAUGGGCUACUUGUAUCAAGCCAACAACCACAGAACCACAGGGCUGAGAACAGCAAGGGGCUUCUUUCUGCAGAGCCGAUUCCUAGAAAGCCACAAGCAAUUCAUCCCGUGCCUGGGAAUGUGACUCAAAGUCGGUAGCUAAUGAUGAAAAGCAACAUGUUAACAUCAGAAGGAGGAGGAAAUAAUUUGGAGGUGAUGACACAGUCUCCAUUGAGCAGAAGAGCAAGCUCAUUAGGAGUGGAAGUCAGUGAGGCAGAGGAGCAGACCAGCUGCCAGGAGGUGACCCCUGCUGUCUUCAUCCUCAGUCAAUACCCUACUUCAGUAUGUGCCUCACACACCCCCUAGGAUUUCUCUAGUGCCCACCACAUGCUCUCUGGUCCCACCCUUUCUCAGUGACCUCCCCCAUCACAGUCCAGUCUACCAAACUGGGUGAUCCCAAAGCAGGAAACACAAAUGCCCCUAUAACACGGGAGAGAAGGGGAGAGAAGGCCACUACAGACCACAUUCAGGCACUCCCGUGCUAUGGUCAGGAAACGGCAAUCACUGUAUGGGAGCGUUACAGGGACACAUUUAACAGGGCCUUGGCCUCCAUUCUGGCCGUACCACAGCAUUUUCCUCACCCAGGAGGGCUCUUGACUCUUUUUGAAGUAUUAUCCUUGUUCUACAUGCUGGCAUUUUGUAGGCACUCAAUAAA